GACGAAUGUGAGCCGGGAACGUUCCAAGGAUCCAUGUUUACUUCAACUCACAAAGCCACGUCCUGGAGUCAGUGAAUACCAAAAUAUCGAUAGUGAACUAUUCCUGAUAGCCUGGAUCCCAAGAUCAUCUGCCUAAAUCAUUCACCAGCAUCUUUUCUGGAAUACUUAAUACCACUUGAACCCCCUUAUCCGUUCUUCCUUCUUAUCUUCUUAAUGUACUUUCUCAUUCCUUAUGUAUGUUUUUCAUUUAUAAGUACUAUUCCUGUAUUAUAUAUACAAUCCCUAAGAAUAUAUUAAACUCUCUAGACUACACUAAGUCUGACAGAAUAUAUAAUGGCUGAACGCACGCCCUCGUUCCCACCCCCGAGCUCUCUGCCAACACCACCUGAUUCACCCCGCAAACGGCGGCGCCAUCUUCGUGAAUCUAAUGAGACCAAGGGGUGGAUGUCGCUGGAGCAGUAUCUUUAUAGAACCGAUCCCUAUCGAUCCACGACUGUUACACACCCGCUACCCUACCCGUUGUUGAUCGAACCAGCAAAUGAUGCUAUAAAAAGAAGAAUAUCAGAAUACCAUAUAUAUAUCGAAGCCAUUCUUAGCGACCAUGGUUUUCACGGACCACACGAAAUCGACGUCAAUAUGGUUACGAAACCCGUCUUCGGCGAACAGAAGUCUCUUCCCACGCCGGAGGAUGUUGAGGAGAUUAUCAAGUUUCCCAUACCUCGCCUGAAGAGCGACAUUGCCAAACUGUUUUACCCGGAUCCGGAGGACUAUGAUUGCGUGCCGGAGUCAAAAUGGCUAUGCCGCUACGGUGUCAUGGCAAAAGACUUCAUCUACAACGAGGAAAGCGAAGAGCUCGAAGUAUACUGGCCUCGGUUGAAAAAGCCGGUACUGCUGGAACAGUCCGUUGAGAUGUGGUACUGCAGACUGAAUUUCCUGGCAAGGUUCAGUGAUGACCAAUAUGAGCAAUGCUUUAAGCGGCUCACAGGAGCGAUGGCGAAGGAACCAUUCCCAGACUUCGGUUUAUUCGCUAAUAUGUGCCGUAGGCAUGGGCCUAUCGUGAAAAACUUGCUGAUUCAUGUUCUUUUCUAGUUUAAUAUAGAGUUCAAAAUGUCUAAAACCCACAACAAUGAAUUGCAGAGUUUUCAAUUCUUGUCCCACGUGGUUGGAUUUGUCGUCCAUGUUCGCAGAGACGAAGACGAAGAAAUGAAAGCAAUGGGGUUUAUCAACGAGGUGUUUGCACAUGUGGUCAAGCACCACGGCUAGGUAUCCAGGCGGAGAUCAACCGGUUCUUACCCUUAGGAUUAACUAUUGGCGUGAUGCGGUGAUCCCCCGUGUCCUUGGAGAGGCUCGAGAUCGUAUCCGUGAAUUGCUAGCGCGGAAUGGUAUAUCUAUGGAUAUUGAAAUCGUUGAUUCACAAAAUUGUUUGAGACCAUCGCUUUUUGCUAUCAAGCCGGAUGAUCAAGCUGUUGCUCCCUUUGAGCAAGCUAGAGGACGACUGGCCGACCUUCUGACUCGCGAACUGCGUGAAAGGUGGCGCAGUAUCUGUCUAUUCAACGUGGGUUCUU